AUGUGUGGAGACGGUGGCAACGAUGUUGGCGCACUCAAGCAGGCAGAUGCUGGGUUGGCACUAUUGGCUGGCUAUGGCAAUGUCAACACCGCAGACACCAAUGACCUAGACAGCCCAUCUGAUAAUGCCGUGCUCGAUGACAAGAAGGCUGAGGACAUGCUGAACAAGCAAGAUGCGGAACUUGCAAAGCGAAACAAACGAGCUGCAAAGGACAGACAGAACUUUUUAUGGGAAAAGCAGAAGGAACUUUCCAACCUUCAGAAGCAGUGGCUCGAAGAGGAGAUGCAGGAAAGGGCAAAGAAAGGCGACAGCGGUUUCCUGUCACAGAUGGGAGCGAUGAAGUCAUCAAUGGGACGCUACACGGAGGAGCUAAAGAAGGUUAUGAAGGAGUACGACAAGACGCACGGCAACGUCUAUGAUCCGGCCGACACUGGCAAAGAGAAGAAGAACCCCGCCGCAGCUUUGGAGGAGGCUUCUGGCGGACUGCCCAUGGUCAGGCCUGGAGAUGCUUCCAUUGCGGCGCCAUUCACCUCCAAGGCGCCUUCAGUGAAGAACUGUGUCGAUCUGAUUCGGCAAGGCCGGUGCACUUUGCUCUCGGCGCUCCAGCAGCAGCAAAUCAUGAUGCUCAAUUGCAUCAUCAAUGCCUACGUGCUUUCGGCGCUAUCAUUAGAAGGAUCACGCACCUCGGAGAGGCAGUUGAUGGCAUCAUCGUGGCUGCUGACAACAGCAUCUCUUGCAUUUACGUACGCCUCACCAUGUGACCGCAUGCAUCCUGUCCGGCCCCUGCGAUCUUUGUUUCAUCCCGCCGUCUUCUUCUCCAUGCUUGGACAGGCGGCGAUACAUCUUUUCUGCAUGGUCGCCGCCGUAAAAAUGGCGCGAGCAGCGAUGGAAGAAGGCUCACCUGAGAGACAAGGAGGUUGGUCGGGGCCGUCGCUGAAGGAUGUGUCCGCUUUCUGGAAGAGGGAGAGAGCCAGACGGCGCGGCUUGAUUGAGCCGGAAGAAGAGGAGGACUGGACCACUUACGCGUUGAACAUGUGGCAGCAGCCGUUUCUGCCGAACUUGAUGAAUACCGUUGUGUUUUUGGUCGAGACGGCGCAAACCGUUGCCAUCCUGUUUGUGAACUACAAGGGUCAGCCAUGGAUGAAGGGAGUUGUGGAGAAUCGUGCUCUGUUUCUCUCGGUUGUGGUUGUUGCUGGAAGCGUGGCUGCGGCAGCGUGGGAGUUCCAGCCGCAGCUCAACUCCUUGAUUCACCUGUCACCGUUCCCGAAUGACGAAUUCCGCUGGCGGGUCAUGGGUCUCGUUGGCAUGACGCUGGUGGGCACCUUCAUCUGGGACAGGUUCUGCGUAUAUCUUUUCGCAAAAGAUAUCUUCAAGGCCAUGGUCGACUCGGCCAAGAAGACGACCUUCAGAGCUGACAUAGUACCCAUCUUCGGCACGGUGUUGAAGGUGCUGGGCGUCUUCAUUGUCCUCGGCACAGGCAACCUGCUAAUGGCAGGUUUGGCCUUCUGGAUGUAUCGGAGGCAUUCGCAACAAGCUGAUGAAUGA